AUGUCAUCUAAAAAGAAAGGUCCAAGUCAGGCAGAAUUAAUGGUGAAAACAUGUUCAGAAAUAAUUAAGGAAUUAAUAAUAGCACAUGAACAGGGAAAAGAUAUUAAUUUGAAUGGAUUAAAAACAAAGUAUUCAAGAUUAAACAAGUUGAAUAAUCAACCAAAAUUGGUUGAUAUUAUAUCUGCAAUACCUGAUCAGUAUAAGAAUUUUUUGUUACCAAAGUUAAAGGCUAAACCUAUUGCCGUUGUGGCUGUUAUGUGUAAACCACACAGAUGUCCUCAUAUUGCAGUAACAGGAAAUGUCUGUGUAUAUUGUCCAGGUGGUCCAGAUUCAGAUUUUGAAUAUUCAACACAAUCUUAUACAGGAUAUGAACCAACCAGUAUGAGAGCUAUUAGAGCAAGAUAUGAUCCAUUAGAACAAGCAAGGGGUAGACUUGAUCAAUUAAAAAGUUUAGGACACAAAAUAGGAGUUCAAAGCAUAUAUGAAGAUGUUGCUAGAGAUACGAAUAGAGGUCAUACUGUUAAAGCUGUCACGGAAACUUUUCAAUUGGCAAAAGAUGCAGGAUUUAAAGUUGUUUCGCACAUGAUGCCUGAUCUGCCGAAUGUUGGAAUGGAAAGGGAUCUAGAACAAUUUAAGGAAUAUUUUGAGAAUCCUGCAUUUAGAACAGAUGGGCUAAAAAUCUAUCCCACACUAGUAAUUCGUGGAACUGGAUUAUACGAAUUAUGGAGAACUGGUAGAUACAAAAAUUAUACACCUAAUGCAUUAAUUGAUCUUGUAGCAAGAAUUUUGGCUCUUGUACCUCCUUGGACACGUAUUUAUAGGAGAUAUUCCCAACCUCCUUGGACACGUAUUUAUAGGGUUCAAAGAGAUAUUCCCAUGCCUUUAGUUACAUCAGGAGUUGAACAUGGUAAUUUAAGAGAAUUGGCAUUGAACAGAAUGAAAGAUUUAGGCAUUGAAUGUAGAGAUGUUAGAACAAGAGAAGUUGGUAUAGUGGAUAUACAUAAUAAAGUUAAACCUGAAGAAGUUGAAUUGAUUAGAAGAGAUUAUGUGGCAAAUGGUGGUUGGGAGACAUUUUUAUCAUACGAAGAUCCAAAACAAGACAUUCUGAUAGGUUUAUUAAGACUAAGAAAAUGUAAUCCUGACACAACAUUUAGACCUGAAUUAACUAAAGUGCCAACUAGUAUAGUAAGAGAAUUACAUGUUUAUGGUAGCGUUGUCCCAUUGCAUAGUCGUGAUCCAAUAAAAUUUCAACAUCAGGGUUUUGGCACUUUGUUGAUGGAGGAGGCUGAACGUAUUGCCAAAUAUGAACAUUGUAGUCAAAAAAUGGCUGUGAUUAGUGGUGUUGGAGUCAGAAAAUAUUAUAGUAAACUAGGUUAUGAAUUGGAUGGUCCUUAUAUGUCUAAAAUGUUGAUUUAA